AGCGAAGUAAUUUUACAUGAUAAGUUGGUAAAUCGGUUUCUCGUCGUUCUGUCGCCUAUUCGCUAUACCGUUAAUUUUGAUCGCCAAGUCGGAUAUUAGAUUGAUGGAAAGUUACAAUUAUCAGUUAAUUAUUUACAAGGAUCUCUAAGAAGAUUUUGGUAUCGAUCCAAGAGGAUAUACAUUGGAAUGAGUUCCCCUAUGUCCAGUUUAAACAGUCUAUUCUCGUUCACAAGUCCGGCAGUAAAGAGGCUUCUUGGUUGGAAACAAGGAGAUGAGGAAGAAAAAUGGGCAGAAAAGGCAGUUGACUCCUUGGUAAAGAAACUGAAGAAAAAGAAAGGUGCAUUAGAGGAGUUAGAGAAAGCCUUGAGUUGCCCUGGACAACCAAGUAAAUGUGUUACAAUUCCUAGAUCAUUGGAUGGUCGACUACAAGUAUCCCACAGGAAGGGACUGCCACAUGUCAUUUAUUGUAGAGUGUGGCGAUGGCCAGAUUUGCAGAGUCAUCAUGAGUUAAAACCUUUAGAUAUAUGUGAAUACCCAUUUAGUGCUAAACAGAAAGAAGUCUGCAUUAAUCCUUACCAUUACAAAAGAGUAGAGAGCCCAGUGUUACCACCAGUCCUUGUUCCUCGCUACAGUGAAUUUCCUGCCAAUCAUGGAUCACCACCUUCAUUGCCCCCAUUCCAACAAGCCCCAGAACCAGCAAUGCCACAAAACAUUAGCUUUGACCCUAAUGGCUUUCACCCAUCCCAGGGACCCAACUCUCCUGGUAGCUCAGGACCAGGCAGUCCAUAUGGUUUACCAGCUGGCACACCACCACCAGCCUAUCAACCACAUGAUGACAAUGCCAAUAUGAAUAAUCAAAACAGAAACAACCAUCCACGACCCCACCAUCAACCAAUGGACACAAUGCCAACACCUUCUCAUGGAAACAGAGUUGCAGAUAUGCAGGCAGUUACCUACCAGGAACCUCAGUUCUGGUGCUCCAUUGUGUACUAUGAGCUCAAUAACCGAGUGGGAGAGGCUUUCCAUGCAUCACAAACGAGUAUUGUAGUGGACGGCUUUACUGAUCCCUCCAACAACGCAGAUCGAUUUUGUUUGGGUCUUCUGUCAAAUGUCAACCGCAAUUCAACCAUAGAAAACACUAGGAGACACAUCAGUAAAGGUGUACAUCUGUAUUACGUGGGUGGAGAGGUGUUUGCAGAGUGCCUGAGUGACUCCAGUAUAUUUGUUCAGAGUCGUAAUUGCAAUUAUCACCAUGGAUUUCACCCCACCACAGUCUGCAAAAUUCCUCCAGGCUGCAGCUUGAAGAUCUUCAACAACCAGGAGUUUGCAGCCUUGCUCAGCCAGUCUGUCAACCAUGGUUUUGAAGCUGUAUAUGAACUCACCAAGAUGUGCACAAUAAGGAUGAGCUUCGUCAAGGGUUGGGGGGCAGAGUACCAUCGUCAAGAUGUCACCAGUACUCCAUGCUGGAUUGAGAUUCAUUUGAAUGGCCCCCUGCAGUGGCUGGACAAAGUCUUGACCCAAAUGGGAUCUCCACAUAACCCCAUCUCAUCUGUUUCCUGAUCAUCAAUCCUCCGUCUCUAAAACCAUCCGAUCUCGAGGCCAAAAAAUAUCAUCGGUCACUCAGUGUUGUCAUGUACAUCGAAAUGUCAAGCUAAAAAUGGAGUUGUCCAACUAGAAUUACAACAUUUAUAUGUUAUAUCAGAAUGUUUUGAUACUUAAUUUACUAAUUGUAUAAUUGAUUAAUUUACUUUGCAUUCCAAAUAAGUUUAGUGCUUUAUAUGUCAGAGUUGCCUACCAUUGUCAGCUAUAUUACAUUUAUGUAUCACCGAAUUUGAAGUUGUAUUGUUUUAAAGGGUAAACCGAUCAAACCUUGGAAAUGUUGCAAAGAGUGGCUGAGUUGUGAGAUUUAUUAACAAAGUGAACCAUUAUCGUAAUGUAAGAAAAAAAUGGGGAACUACAGAAUAAGUUAUUUGAAAGAUGAAAUGGUAAAAUAAAUAUGUAUAUAUAUAUUUAACAGUUCUUGUGCAUGUCAGUUGUUGUUUUGUGGGUGUAAACACUAUGCUCCUCUAACAGUCUUUGUAUAACUAACACUAUUUGUUGACACAAAAGCCUUAAGCUUAGAUGGUAGUUAUUAUGAGUAGUAAAAUUAGCCAUGGGGUUUUUUCCUCCAUUACAUUAGAAAUGCAGGGUAAAUUACAGCUGGAUUUAAUUUUGAGAAUGCCAUGCAAUUCUGGUUUAAAUCUAUUAAAGAUUUUGUAGAAAUGUAUUGGAAGAGCUGAAAGGCAUAUGUGAUUGUCAGAUAAAAGAAACCUUGUUAUCACUAAAUUUGACUUAUUUGAGACUACUCUUCUUUUCACUGUUUUUGAUUUGAACAUGAUGCACAUGAGCUAUUUAUGAUCAGUACAUGGUGUACAAGUUCAUAUGAUUUGAUGUCAUAUAGAUAUGAUUUUAAGCAAUUCAUCAGUUCUCCUUAAUGUAUUUAUUAUACAUGGUCUCUUACUUAAGUAUGGUAACUUCUUUGUUUGUUUUUUCUUCAUUUGACAGGAAUAUUAACCCUGUAUCAUCUGCAAUAUUAUGAACAACUAAGUGUAAGAGAUUGUACCCUUUUGUCAAAAGAUUGUUUGUGCAUGUACAUUUGUUUCGUAAAAAAACAACAUAAAAAACACAGGGGGAAAAAAAUAAAAAAUUUGCCAUUUUGAUUUAUUUUCAGCUGCAUAUGAUGCAUAUAGAUGAUUUUUAAGUUCUGCUCAAAGCAUUUAUUUACACAUAUACAUGGAUAUAUAUAAUUUGGUGAAAGAAAUUCAUUUCAAGUUGUUAAAAAAUUUUCCUGACAUGUUACAGAAAGUGCUGAAUUUAUAAUUUUAUAGUCUAUUCCUCACUGAGAGAAACAGCAGGUGAUGUGAUAUAAAAAUAUAUAAUCGCUGUUACAUAAUUACUAUCAAAAGUUGUAGAUUACUUAUUAUAUGCCAGCAUUGAUAUAAAUGAUUGUAGGCAUGGUUAGGGUGAUUCCAUAACUAAAGAAUGGCUUCAACAAGAUCAGUUUUGAAUGACAUCUUUUAUCUGGCUGGGAUUUCUCCACAAAAAAAAAUAUGAAACUAAUGAGUUUGAGUUUUCAUUUAUUUGAGCAGUCAAAAUUUGAGUAAAAUCUUGAGACUGCAUCUAAGUUUCAACUUAAGUUUAUUUCAAGAAAUCCGGGCCUGGUGUCUGAUAAGUAAUGUACGUCUUGAUCAGUUGUAGGACAUUGUUUUUCUUGGGGAGUAUUUCACUAGUGAAUUGGGUGAUUUGUGCUGAUUUGCAACAGACCCCAGGUCUGCUUCAUAAAAAGCUGAAAAUUGUGAGUUUUUUAUUGUUGAAUUUUUUUUUAAUGUUAUUAUAUAUGAAAAAUUAAAAAAUAGGUUGUAUUUUAUCUAUAUAUAUAUAUAUCACAUUUUAAAAGAUUUUGCGCUGUGCUUUUCAUUGAAGAGGUGUAAUAUUUUGUUGAUGAAUAUUGAUUUCUAUAUAAUGCAGCUUGUGACUGAUUUGUAGUACUACUGUAUUGUUUGUGAAAAUGAGAAUAAGAUAACUGUCAUGUUUAUACUGUCCUAUCAUUGUCAUGUUGUUCAUCAGGGGAGAACAGUUUUUCAUUUUUGAAGUAACUUUUUGUGUAUCAAUAACAGGUGAUUUUAUGAAGAUGAUAAGAAGGCAGCCUAUGUUUAGAUCUGACCAUGCCAUAAUAAUAAGUUCAUGAUUUAUGAUAACAGAAAUAUUUUCAAUGAUAUCAAGUUAUCAACACAAUUUUUGCGUUUGGUAUCAAUGUUUGAACAAAUGGCUUGACUUGUGACACACCAGGAAUCUCCUCGGGCAGUGAUAUAUCAUCUCCAUUUCUUUACUUGUACCCAUUUAUUAGAUUCCGUGAACAUAACUAAUUUGUCCAUAUUGACUUUCUCUGUGCAAUCCAUAUAUUUUCAGAUCAGUCGGAACUUUCUAUUUUGCCAUGGAUACAUAGUUUUACAACUUGUAGGGGUCACCAGUAUUGAUGUGACAACUGCCUUUUUUCCCUGCUUUUAGCUAUCACUGCAUGUAUUGGUAUACUGCUUCAGAUGUCAUCAGCUGCAUAAUAAAAGAGAACUUCUUAA